AAAUUGAUGCGUCAUCAUUGAGUUGAUGGGCCAACCCGCGCAGAGUAAAGCAAAUUUAGCGAGAGAACGAAAAUACUUAAGCUGCCAGUCAACCCCGAAUUUCUCAAUCAAUCUCGCAUCGUCCGUGAACCGCGAUGGGUCUGUUGAGUGUAGUUCUGCUUAUUUUAGCAGGUGCGGCCGCCAUUCUGUUUACCUUCCUCAAAAGGCAGCAGCACUUUUGGAGAAGUUGUGGAAUUCCAGCGGCACGCAAGCCCCAACUGCUCACGGGAAAUGUCGCCGGUAUGGCCAGUACGGAACACAUGGCGAUUACGCUGCAACGGCUGUACCGUGAGUUCAAGCAGCGGGGACUGACGUUCGGAGGAUUCAACAGCUUCUUUGCGCCCACGAUUUUAUUGGUGGAUCCCGAGUUGGUCAAGCACGUGAUGGUGAAGGACUUUGGCGUGUUCCACGAUCGUGGAUUGUACGUCGAUCCGGAGGGGGAUCCGCUUAGUGGAAACCUGUUCAACCUGGAGGGCCACCAGUGGAAGGUGAUGCGACAAAAGCUAUCUCCGACGUUCACUUCCGGCAAGAUGAAACUCAUGUUCGAUACAGUGGCGUCGGUAGCUAAAGAAUUGAACCAAUUUGUCGACGAAAAUUGCCAUCGAGAAGACAUGGAGCUGCGAGAAGUGCUGCAGCGUUUCACGGUGGACGUGAUCGGGAAUGUCGCGUUUGGUAUCGAUUGUAACACGAUGAAGAAUCCGGAUUCGGACUUCCGAAAGAUGGGCAACAAAGCGUUCGCUUUGACGACGACAUCCGUGAUCAAGAGUUUCAUCGGAAUUCAGUUCAGAAGUUUGGCAAAGUUAAUGAAGAUGAAGAUAACCGACGACGAUGUGGAGCAGUUUUUCAUGGAACUGACCCGCAGUACGGUACAGAUGCGUGAACAAAACGGAUCACAGCGUAACGACUUUAUGAAGCUACUGCUGGAGAUCCGCGAUCAGGGAACGAUCUCUGACGCGCCGAAUUCGGCAGGCGAGGGUCUUACAAUGCGGGAGUUGGCCGCGCAGUGUUUUGUGUUCUUUUUGGCUGGAUUUGAGACUUCGUCGAGUACUAUGACCUUCUGCUUGUACGAGCUCGCAUUGAAUCCGGACGUGCAGCACCGUUUACGUGAGGAAAUCAAGGAGGCCUUGAACGAAGGAGGCGGACAUCUUACAUACGAAGCGCUCAUGAAAAUGGACUACUUGGAUCGCGUUGUUAGCGAAACUCUUCGGAAACAUCCCCCACUGGACAAUACGUUCCGAACGAAUGAAGUGGAUUACGUAAUACCUGGUACAAAUUACACCAUUCCAGCUGGUACGUUCGUCCAGAUUCCGAUCUACGCCAUCCAACGGGAUCCGGAUAACUUCCCCGAACCGGACAAGUUCGAUCCAGACCGAUUCCUCCCGGAAGCCGUGAAAAGUCGUCACCCGUACGCGUACAUACCCUUCGGCGAGGGUCCACGAAUCUGCAUCGGGAUGCGUUUCGGGCUGAUGCAGGCCAAGCUUGGUCUGGCAACCCUGCUUGCGAACUUCCAAUUCAGCAAAUCCCCAAGAACAUCUGUUCCGCUUGUAUACGAUCCCCCGUCCAUCACGCUCGGACCAAAAGGUGGGAUGUAUUUGCGAAUCGAGCGCGUUUCGGUGGCGCUACUGGUGGUAGCUUUAUUCGGGUUGUACAUUCGACGUAUUCUGCAGCUGAGAAGGGCGCACUGGUUAAGCCGGAGGAUCCCGUUCGUAGGAUGGCCGCACAUCUUGUUUGGAAAUGUUCGUGGCAUCUGGAGUGUGGAGCACUCCAGUACGAUGCAGCAACGGAUCUACCAGGAGUUGAAGGAGCGUAGACUAGCAGCCGGUGGUUUCAACGUGUUCUUCUCGCCAUCGAUCAUGGCGGUAGAUCCGGAGCUGAUCAAGCAGAUACUAGUCACCGAUGCUAACGUGUUUGACGAUCGCGGUUUGUACAGGGAUAAGCUGUGCGAUCCGCUGAACUACACGCUGUUCGGAAGCACCGGGGAGGUGUGGCAAGGUUUGCACGAGAACGCUAUGCGAUUGUUGACGGCGGAAUCGGUGAAGGGAAUGUUUGGACUGGUAGCGGGAGUUGCCGAUGAGCUACGGUUGCAGAUGUUGAAAACGAUCGAUCGUCAACAGCUGGAUAUUUACGAUUUGGCCGUGCGAUACUCGACUCAUGUGAUUGGGACUAGCGUGUUCGGAAUUCGGUGCCGAACGAUUCAGGUGGGAUGCACGGAAUUUCGUGAAAUGGGCAGACGUGCUAACGAGUUUACCAGCAUGGUUCUGUUCAAGCAGUGGCUCGGAGUGUCCUUCCCACGAUUUGCUAGGAUGGUUGGAUUGAAAAUGAUAGAUUCCCCCGUAGAAGAAUUCUUCAUCGGAUUAUGCAGAGCGACGGUGCUUCACCGGGAGAGCUAUGGCGUAGAGAAUGAUGACUUCCUGCAGAGUUAUAUACACUUGCGCAGAGAUCAACGGCUUUCCAUGGAAGAGUUAACCGCUCAGUGCUAUAGCUUUGUCAAAAACGGACUGGAAACAUGCUCUUCGGUUAUGACUUUCUGCCUGUACGAACUGGCCAGAGCUCCGGCUAUCCAGGAUCGUUUGCGCAAAGAGAUCAAUCAUUCCCUGGAAGAUACCGACGGCCAGUUGACGCACGAAGUGAUCAACUCGAUGACCUAUCUCGAUCAGGUCAUAAACGAAACCCUUCGAAAGUACCCUCCGGUGGACUAUCUGAUGCGCCGUUCCAAGACCACCUACAACCACAUUCCUGCGGGAACGCUGUUCAUAGUUCCAACGUACGCGCUGCACCACGAUUCUGACCACUAUCCCAACCCGGAAAAGUUCGAUCCUGAGCGAUUUGCACCAGGCGCGAUCCGCAAAAGACAUCCCUACAGUUAUCUACCGUUUGGAGCGGGUCCGCGGAACUGCAUUGGGGUACGAUUUGGAACGAUGCUGGUCAAGACGGGGAUUGUGACGAUGGUGCGCAGUUUUAGAUUUACGCGACGAGGUGGAGACGACGGGUUGCGGUUUAAGCCGAGUUCGUUGGUACUGAGUCCGGCUGAAGAUAGCAUAGGUUGUGUGGACCGUAACUUCACCUUCGGUGGGUACAGUUUCUUCACGAUUCCCUCGAUCAUGGUAGUAGACCCGGAACUGGUCAAGACCGUCAUGGUGAGGGAUUUCAACGUGUUCCACGAUCGAGGCAUCUACAAUGACCCAAAAUCGGAUCCACUGUCCGGCCACUUGUUUCUACUGGAGGGUGCACCGUGGCGAGCUCUGAGGCAAAAGCUGACCCCGACGUUCACUUCCGGCAGGAUGAAGUCCAUGUUUGGAACGAUUCUAGAGGUGGCUGAGGAGUUCCGAAAAUUCAUGGUAGAGAAUCAUGACCGUGGCAUACGUGAGCUGGAGAUGAAGGAUGUGCUGGCGAGGUUCACCACGGAUGUGAUCGGGACGUGUGCGUUCGGUUUAGAGUGCAAUACACUUGAGAAUCCAGACUCGGACUUUUUAAAGUAUGGUAGCAAAGUGUUUGAGCAAACGCCGUUCCAGCUAGCCAAGUUUAUACUGGCGUCCAUGUUUAAGGAGCAGGCGAAAAAGCUAGGCGUAAAAUUGACCGAUGUUGGUGUGGAAAGCUUCUUUAUGGGUAUAACUCGAGAAACGGUUGAAUACCGAGAGAAGAACAACGUCCAGCGGAACGAUUUCAUGAACCUGCUGCUUCAGAUCAAAAACAAAGGUCGGCUGAUGGAUCAGGCGGACGAACCUGGAACGAUGGACAAGGUGGAACCUGGUCUGACGAUUGAAGAGCUAGCCGCGCAGUGUUUUGUUUUCUUCGUUGCCGGAUUUGAAACGUCGUCUACGACGAUGAACUUUUGCCUGUACGAGCUUGCCAUGAACCCGGAUAUUCAAGAACGAUUGAGGGAUGAUAUCGAAAAGGCAAUCGCAGCUAAUGAUGGACAUUUAACUUAUGAAGUUGUUAUGGGAAUGCAGUACUUGGACAAUGUGGUAAACGAAACACUCCGCAAGUAUCCCCCUGUUGAAAGUCUCAACCGGAUUCCUCUGACCGAUUACACAAUACCCGGAACCAAUCACGUCAUCCCAAGCCAAACGAUGUUCCUGAUUCCGGUGUAUGCGCUGCAUCACGAUCCGGAAAUCUACCCGGACCCGGAACGUUUCGAUCCGGAUCGGUUCCUGCCGGAAGUGGUCGCUACUCGCCACGCGUACAGUUACCUUCCGUUUGGAGAAGGUCCUCGAAUUUGCAUCGGACUGCGCUUCGGAGUUAUGCAAACCAAGAUUGGCCUGAUUACACUGCUGCGAAGUUUCCGAUUCAAGCCAACUGCGGCUACACCAAAUCCGCUGGUUUUUGAUCCGAAGUCGUUUGUGCUAUCUCCGAUAGGCGUUGGCGCGCGAGAGGCGAGUCUCUCUCAACAACUCUCCACCGACUCGACAGUCUGCCGGCUGACAGUCGUUGUUCGCUCGUUGUCCAGAAUGGACGGACUGCAGAGUAUCUUUUUGGCGAUCGUCGUCACCCUGUUUCUCGGGCUCGUUACCUCAGCAUGGCUCUUCCUGGACAGACGACGCAAUUACUGGAAGACACGCAACUUUCCGUGCAGUAGCAAUCCGGUGCUGUUCUUUGGAGAUUACAAAGAUACCAACAAAACUGAGCACAUGUCCAGAACCAACCAGCGAUUGUAUCAAGAUUUCAAAGCUCGAAAGCUACCCGUUGGCGGGUCUAUUCUUUUUGUGAUGCAGUCAGCGAUCGUGAUCGAUCCUGAGCUGAUCAAGGCGAUUUUGGUGAAGGAUUUUUCCACAUUUCACGAUCGCGGAGUAUACAACAAUCCUGAAGUUGAUCCCCUAUCGGGACAUCUGUUUGCGCUGGAAGGUCAACCAUGGCGUCAGCUAAGGAUGAAACUGUCGCCGACGUUUACUUCGGGAAAGAUGAAGAUGAUGUUUGAGACGAUUAUGGGCGUGGCGGAAGAGCUGCGCAGUUACCUUGGUGAGAAAGUCGGUUCGGAAGGUUCGGCUGAAGUGAUGGUGAAGGAUUUGCUAGUUGGUUUCACCACGGAUGUCAUUGGAAGCUGUGCUUUCGGGCUUGAGUGCAACAGUUUACGCAGUGAAAAGUGUAAAGUUCGAGAGAUGGCCUUGCAAGUGCUUCAGCAGAGUAAGCUGCAGGUUUUAAAAAUGAUGUUCAUGAUGAUUUUCAAGGGGAUUGCUACGACGUUCAAGAUGCGGUCACUUCCGGGAGCUGUUGAAAAUUUCUUCAUUGAAUUGGUUCACAACACGGUUCAGCAGCGCGAGAAGAACAACGUUCAGCGUAAUGACUUUAUGAACUUGUUGAUUCAGCUGAAGAACAGUGAAGAUCCUGACGCGCGGAUAACCAUGGACGAAAUGGCUGCUCAGUCUUUUGUGUUCUUUCUGGCCGGAUCUGAAACUUCUUCGACGGCUAUGGUCAAUUGCAUGUACGAGUUAGCCAUGAAUCAGGACAUUCAAGACAAGCUGCGGAACGAAAUUACACGAGUUUGUGGUAAAGGAAAGCUUACCUACGAGGCGGUUAACUCCGUGGAGUAUCUUAAUAUGGUAAUUGACGAAACUCUUCGCAAACACCCAUCGGUGGACUUUCUCAUGAGGACGUCCAACAGAGACUUCCCCGUUCCCAACAGUGACCUCACGAUUCCCAAGGGCACAUUCCUGAUCGUCCCAACCUACGCGCUGCAGCACGAUCCCGAGUACUAUCCGGAUCCGGACCGGUUCGAUCCGGAGCGGUUCAACGAAGCCAACCGUGCAAGCCGGCAUCCGUUCGUGUAUCUGCCCUUUGGGGAAGGUCCCCGGAACUGUAUCGGCAUGCGCUUCGGCCUGAUGCAGAUCCGGGUUGGGCUGAUUACGAUGCUGCGCGAAUUCCGGGUGCUACCAAGCUCGAAUACCCCCGUACCGUUGGAACUGGAUGUGACGUCGAAUAUGCCCAUGCCAAAAGGAAGCGUUCCGCUGAUGCUGCAACGGAUUUAGGUUAUCGAGAAAAUUGGACAACACGAAAUUUUUAAUUGAAAAAACGCCCCUGUUCUAAUCCCAAAGAAUAGAAAGUUAAAUUGAAUAAAAUCUAAAUAUUGCCUACA